CGCUUUUGCUACAACAGUUCUAUGGUCACAUGGUAUUUUUGUUUAUAUUUUUUCAUGAUAAUGUGACAAGUCAAAAGAUAAUUAUUUAUUAAUUGCUAUUAAUUAAUGUGACGAUUUAAACUAUGAUCAUAAUAUAAUACAUUGAUAAAACUAUCAAUAAGUCUGCAUUUAAAACACGAAAAAUGGUACAAAAAUGUAUUGUUUCCGAAUGUCAAACAUUAAAGGGAAAUAAAAAUGGUAUUUCUAUUUUUUCUGUACCAAAGGAUCCUAAACUUUUUGAUGCUUGGAAAUCAAAUCUCCCAAAGCUAAGGAAUUCCCUGAGUGUAUCAAGUUUGGUUUGUGAAAAACAUUUUCAUCCAAGUGAUAUAAUGUCACAGUUUACUCAAAAAUUACCUUCAGAAACGUGGAUAUAUCCUCGUAGUAAAAAACGAUUGAAACCUAAGGCUGUCCCUAUAUCUUCAGACGUCUGUUCAACUUCAGAUAAUACAAUAUUUAAGGGUGAUAACGAGGCAAUAAAAGCAAAUGAUGAAGUACCAAAUGAAUCUAUCGUUGAUGCACCAAUUAAUCCUUAUGUUCAUGUAUCAAUUAAACCUGGUGUUAAUGUACCAGAUGAGCAUGAAUUUUAUGUACCAAUGCAAUGUAAUGCUCAUGAACAAAAUGACUCUGAUGUUCAUGUAUCAGAUGAGUAUGAAUUAUAUGUACCAAUGCAAUGUAAUAUUCAUGUACCAACUAAAUCAUCAUCACAUAUGAUACAUGCGUCAACUCAGACUGUAGACCAUGAAGACAUGGAAAUUGAAGAACUACCAACUGAACACAAUUUUUGUAAAGUGCCAUUUACUUUUGAUACUCUACUCAAUAACCUGAAUAAUAUAAAAUAUCCUGAAAAUUGCAACUGGGCUCAUACUGUAGCCCCUGAUAAAAAAAAAGUAAUUUUUGUAUCGAUUUCAAUUGACAAUGUUGGAUAUAUUGCCCGUUAA